AUGUCUAUGAUAAACAUAAAAUCAACAACAUGGUUUGAUUUUCUUCCUAUUGAAAUUAUUGUUGAUAUAUUUAAUUAUCUAUCAAAUAAUGAUAUUAUUUAUACAUUCUUUUAUUUCAAUCAACGAUUCAACAAUUUACUAUUACAAAAUCAAUGUUACUUUAACUAUUUAGAAUUCCCAACUAGAAAUUUGGAGUUUUGGAGAAAUAUCUUUUCAAUUAUUGGAUCUCGAAUAGAAUUUUUAAAUAUAAAUACGAUUAAUUUCUCGUUAUCAUUAAAAUAUUUUCCAAGUAUAAAAUCUCUAAUUCUAUCUUCACCAAUUGAUGUUCUAGAUGAACAAUUAAAAUCAAUUCUCGAAAGUGAACAAUUUCAAAAGAUACAUUCAUUCAAAAUUAAAGAAAAUAGAUUAUAUUUCGAUCGAUUAUAUGACAAUUAUUUAAAUAAUCAAGAUUAUUUAAUCAAAAAAAUUCUUAAUGAUCAAAAUUCUUUAAAAAUAUUUCAAUAUUCAUUAAUAACACUACCAUUGUCAUUAAUAGGCAUAUCUAAUUUGAAAAUUAAUUUUAAUUUAUAUUCAUUAACAUUGAUAUUAACGGAUUUUCGAGAUAUAUUUACAUUGAUUUCAUAUACACCAAAUUUAACAUAUUUAAAUGUUCAAUUAAAACCACCUUAUAGAUUUCAAGAAUUGACUCAUAAGAUUAAUAUUAAAUUAAAACAAUUACAUUUAAAAUUAAGUGAUAAUGAAACAAGAGAAUAUCCAUUGUCUAAUGAUGUUCAAUUAUUCAAUGGUAUAAAACAGUUUUCAUCAUCAUUAAUUUGUUUAUCACUCAAUCUAGUUGGUUUGGAUAUUGAAACUCGAAAUGAAAUUCGAUUUAAUAGUAUAAAACUUCAACAAUUCUUAGAAUCAAUGAUAGAACUUAAACAAUUUCAUCUCUAUGCUAAGUUAAAUAAAGAUCCAAUUGAUAUUGAUAAUAUUUUAUCAAGCUUUUCUGGUAAAUUUUGGUUUGAUCAUAAUCUAUCAUUUGGAAUGCAUGGAAGAUAUUUCUACACAUUACCAUUUUAUUUUAAUGAUCUUUUAGAAUUCUAUGAAGGUUUUGAUGGUGUUCAAUCAAAUAGUAUCGAGAUUCUUGAAACUAAUCCUCGAAUGUGGUAUCAUGUCAAGUCUAUUGAAUUACUCGUAACAUAUAACUAUAAUUUAAAUUUUGUAAAAGAACUAAAAAUUAAAAUGCCAAAGUUAACUUUAAUUAAAUUUGGCAAUAUUGGUUUUUCUUCUACACAUAAAACAGUAAAUUUAUGUCAAGAGGAGAAAUUUGAUGUUCAAUUAGAUAAUGUAACGACUAUUGAAUUUACUCAUGGAUCUAUUGAAAAUAAAAAAGAAUGGUUAAUUAAUGUAACACCUAAUUUGAAAUAUUUAUUCCUGUGGUUUACAGAAUUAUCUUCAAUAGAUAAUCAAUUAGCUUCAAUAUUAACAAAAAGAAUUCAACAAUUAAAUAUAUCGACAUAUAUUGAACUUGAACAAUUGACAAUGAUAAGUGACGUUUAUUUUUCAAAUGUUCAAUAUAUUAUUUUUGGCUUGAAUGACGGUGGGAUGAAGCCACAAGAUUAUGCAGCUUUUAUUAUGAAAAUAUUGAGAAAUUUUCAAAAUUUAAAGACAUUAAUCAUUUAUAUUAUUCCAAUCAGUUGUUUUUAUAUAGAAUUGCACGAAAUUAUUCAAAAUUUGGAUAUGAAUGAAAUUAUCAACAACUAUCAAGUGCAACAAUUUCGAGAAUAUUGUUUAUUUUCAAAAAAAUCAUCCUAA